CCUGUUCAUCACAACAACAACAACAGGCUUUUAUUUUGAAGUCAGCAGUGUUAUUCCGGAAGCGCGAGUCAGACGGAAGUAGAAAAACAAUUCUCCGCCAUUGUAGUCAGCGACGGGCAGGUUUGACGUCCAAACACAUUCAGUUAGCGGCUCCGUUACCGACGUUACCGCGUAUUUCAGAAACGGUUGAACCUCCGCGUUGUCCGUUAGGAAGGCUCUCGGUCCGGUCUGGUUUCCUCUCGAGCCGCGGGGAUGGCCGUUUUAACCAGCAAAGCUCUUCACGAGCAGCUGUCCAUCAUCAUGGGCGCGCUGACCAAAGCGGCGGUGGCGGAGAUCUGCGAGGUGGUGGACGAAGGCUACGCGGUGCUGCAGAUGGAGAUCACCCGGAGCCACAAGGAGAACGAGGACCUGAAGAAGAAGCUGCACCUCAUCGAGUCCAUAGUGGUCCGCGGGAGCAGCGGGGGGAAGGCGACGGUUACGGAGCUCGUACCGGCCGCGGAGGGCGCACAGCGGCCGGAAACACCGCAGCAGCAGCAGCGGGACAGUGACGGAGGAGACGGAGCAGCUGCUGCGGCGGUGCGGGAGGAGCCUCCAGACGUGGUGUUGAUCAAAGACGAAGACUCGGACAGUAACGACACCUUUGAUGAAGAUAACAGAACCCCUGCUGAUGGAGGGACGGCUGCAGUCGGAGACGGCGUCACGUCCAGCGUGAAGAGACGCUGGCCGGGAAGCGAAGAGGCGGAGAGGAAGUUGUCCUCUGAGCAGCUCACACUGAAAACAUCCAAAGUGACUGCGGGGACGCAGAAGAGCGUGUCCGUCUACACUCUGGACUCUCCUCGCAGCGAGCCCGGCUGCUCCGGACAGCUCGGCGGCGAUGAGAUGGAGGCCGGCGAGUCGGUCUGUUCCUACUCCUCGCAGAUGGACCCGGACGUCCAGCUGGUCCACCAGGAGUGCUUGCUGGUCCCUCCGAGCGCUAACAGACAAGCGGCGUAUUUUGGUAACAGCGCUCUGACCGAGUCUCAGUCUCCCACAAACAGAGCAGAACUAGAUCUCAGCCUGACGUGGACCAAACAGUCGAAAAGUCAGAUGACUUUCGCUCAGUUUCACCAAAACGAAAACGUGGACGGCGAUGCUUUCGGGAUCAAGCUCAUCAGCGUCUCGGGCUCGACUUCCACAGACUGCCAGCUGUCUGAAAGCAGCAACUCCGCGUUUGAGUACGACGACGCCGACAUGAACUUCGCCCUCUACAGGGACCAAUCGGGUCGAUCUCAGCUCUGUAACGGGCAGCCGAGCGCCGGCGCCCGAGGGAAGCGCUUCGUGUGCUCCAUCUGCAGCAGGACGUACGCCACGUCUCAGAACCUGGACGUUCACAUGCGGAUCCACACGGGCGAGAGGCCGUUCAGCUGCAGCCAGUGCGGCAAGAAGUUCACCCAGUCGGCGCACCUGAAGUCGCACAUGAGCGUUCACACCGGAGAGCGGCCGUACUCCUGCACGUUCUGCUCCAGGAGCUUCAUCGUCAAAUACAGCCUCAAGUUGCACAUGAAGAAAUGUCACCCCAACGUCUGAGUGAGCGGCCGUGUGGGGCUUCUUUCCAAAAUGUAAUCUGUAAAUAUCCAGUUUUUAAAAAAGGAAGAAAAAAGUUUAAAUAACUCGUAAUUCGUUUUCCCAAAAAAGGUGCAGAAGGCAAAUUUUAGAUCCAAGGUUUUUUAAAUAUCUAAAAGUAUGUUGUUUUUUUUCAAGUAAAGAAUGUGUUUAGUUCAGUUAAUUGAUUGGCAGAAAAUUAAUUAGCAACUAUUUUGAUAGCGUAGUCGUUUAAGUGAUUUUUCAAGCAAAAAAUGCCAAACUUUUGAUGCUUGUAACUUCUCAAAUGUGAUAAUUUGCUGCUUUUCAAUUCAAAGGGGCUUUAUGGGCAUGGGAAACAGGCGUUUACAAGUGCGAAAUAAAGAACAACACACACACACACGUUUCUUAACAUUACGGGAAAGUGAAUCUCUUCGGGUUUUGGCGUGUCGAUCGGACAGAACAACACCUCCGAGGACGUCACCUUGGGCUCGAGGAAAUGUUGACGGGCCUCUGUUCAGUUCUUCAUGCGUUACAGCCCAGACGCUUCAAAUCAAGAAAACUUGCUAGCGAGCUCUGUCUCUGCUGUUAAUAUAGUGUACAGCUCAAAAACUAUUUCAUUAAAAAAAGUUAAUCGUUGUGUAAAAAGUACGAGUCACAUACAGUUUGUUUUACGUCUCGCUCUUGGUUAAUAAAACCAAUUCUGAAACA